UUCACCUACUUUCAGGUUGAUCUGUUACUUGCUUCUAUGCCCUUUCUUAGAAGGCAAAGUCUUCACUCUUCAAGCUCUUUUUUUUUUUCUUUUCAAAAUUUGAAAAUCCAUAACUUUACUUAAAUAUAAAUGCAUAAAAAUAUUCUGGUUUAGCUACUUUUCCAGUUGUUAAUGGAAGGUGUCUAAACUAAACUAGGGCAGCCUAAAGGGGUCUAAGAACGGUCACCAUUGCACCUCUCCAUCAAUCCCAAACCACUUUCCAAACAAGAAAAAGGGAAAGAGUUAAAGAACGCAAGGCACACAGUGAGUCAAAAAAAUUCUGUCCGCUAAAUAGAAUUUAAGAAUCAGAUUUAGAUUUAGGGAGAGAAUAAAGAACCCUCCAAUUGUGUCAUCUGCAAACAAGCGUUAAAGGCGUACCCAUGCAGAGCUUGAAAUUUGUUCUCAUCUCCCCAAAACUUUUCUCUCCUUUGCUUUUCUCUUUCUUCUCUCUACUUUUCCUUAACCCUUAAGUCUUCUCUGCUUCUUCUUCUUCUUAUUCUUUAAAACCCAAAAAUAAUCACCAAAAGAUCCUCUCUUUCCUCUUCAAUGGAAGAUACAAACUCCUACACCAAAUAUCAACAGCAAAACCAAGCAACUAUCCCAACUAAGUUUUACUCUCAUUUCCUCUGCAAAGCUCUUAUAGUGACCAUAUUCUUAGUCAUAAUGCCACUUUUCCCUUCACAAGCUCCUGAAUUCAUAAACCAAACACUAAACACUAGAGGCUGGGAGUUUCUCCACCUUAUUUUUGUUGGUAUAGCUGUUUCUUAUGGCCUGUUUAGCCGUAGAAAUGAUGAAGCAGAAAAAGACAAUAACAACCUCUCAAAAUUUGAUAAUGCUCAAUCCUAUGUCUCUAGAUUCCUUCAGGUUUCUUCAGUUUUCGAUGAUGAAGCUGAUUGCCCUUCCAGGUCUGAUGGGAGCACCGUCCAAACAUGGAAUAAUCAGUACUACAGGAAUGACCCUGUGGUUGUCGUAGCUGACGAAAAUUCUGUUCUUGAUCAAGAACAGAGAGCUACCUGUUCAAGAGUCGGUGAAAAACCACUUUUGUUGCCUGUUAGGAGCUUAAAAUCGCGUGUUUUCGAAACAGAUGGUAAUGAAACUAGUAAAGAAUCUUCUUUUACUGGUGUUUCUGCUUCUAUUAUUAAGUCUAGUUCUAAUUUGCGUUCUAAAAGAAUUUCGAGCAAUUCAGUUAAAAGCAGAAAUGGGGAAUUUGGUGGAUCACAUCAUCAAGAUUUGGAGGAAAUGCUGAAGGAUAAUAUGGUCCUUCCCUCUCCAAUUCCAUGGAAAUCAAGAUCUGGAAGGAUGGAAAUGAAGGAAACAAAAGAAGAAGCCGACAGUCCUGAUCUGUAUACUCUGCCUCCGUCCAUGGAAGAAUCUGAAUUCAACAGGUCUUUCAGGGCCCAAGUGUCUCGAUCACCCCGGCCCGAUUCAACAAAUUCUUCCCCCAAACUGUCCCCCUCACCAUCAAUAUCUUCACCAAGGAAGCUUUCACCACAGCCCAAUUCAACAAAUUCUUCCCCAAAACUGUCCCCCUCACCUUCAAUAUCUUCACCAAAGAAGCUUUCACCUUCGCCUUCUUUCCCAGCCGAGGCACAAGGCAGAAGCGCAGAGGAUUUUGUCAGGAAGAAGAGCUUCUACAGGUCUCCUCCACCCCCUCCUCCACCACCACCACCACCAUCGCAAGUGAUUCGAAAAUCACAGUCAAUGAAACCGAGUUCCAGUGCCAUUAAUGAUUUGAGGCGAAGUUAUACAAGCGAGCCAAAAGAAUUGAAUAGAGGUGGUGGCUUAUCAAUUCCAACAUCAGUUAGGACAACAAGAAACAGUGAUUCCCUUUCUGGGAAAGAAUUUGAUGAUAUGAUCAACACCAAGGCAGAGAAAAGAUUCAAGGAAGUUGAUGCAGGUAUAAUGGAGAGAGGAGGAAGAAAGAUAGUAGGGUUUGAUCAAUCAUCAUUCAAGACCGAGAGGCUGAAUCGUGAAAGAGUCACUUUUAUGCCACAGCCAACUUUCAGGGAGUAUCCGAAGGAAGAGAGAGAAGAUUUCGUGGAAAAAUUGGUGUUGGAAUCAGAUGAGGACUUGGAAACUGAGGACGAAGAUGACGAUGGCAUCGUGGGAAGUUGUUUUGUUUCAGGCACUGCAGCAAGUUCAAACAAUGAUCAAGCUGCUUCUUACACUGCAAGUGAUGGAGGACCCGAUGUUGACAAGAAAGCUGAUGAGUUCAUAGCCAAAUUCAGAGAGCAAAUCAGGCUGCAACGGAUAGAGUCUAUCAAGAGAUCGAGUGGACAAAUAAGUAGAAAGGCUUCAAGGUAAUCUUAACAGGAUGGAUAAAUUUGGAUUGGUGAUCAAAAAACUUUUGUUUAUCUUAUUUUAUGCUUAUAGUUUUACUUGGUAUCAAGAAUCUUAGGACAUAAUUUCACAGGGCACAAGAAUUGCUUGGUAUACAAUGUUUUCUUCUUCUUGUGGGUGGCAUUUGUUAAAAUGAAUAGAUGUGGUUUCUCAAGAAUGUUUCGUAGAAUCCACUUGAUUUAUUGUUUUGACAGUCAUGGAAAAUGCCUCUCAAAAAUUAAAUAUAUUCCUGGUUCAA